AUGCCGAAUGUAUUUGUUGGAUAUCCUUAUGCCACAAAGGGUUACAAAGUUUUGAAUUUGACCACUCAAAAAAUCCAUGUCUCAAGGGAUAUUAUUUUUCAUGAAACCAUUUUUCCUUUUGCCAUGUCUAAAGAUAAUACCCAUCUCCCAUCUUUCCCUUUUCAUUCUGUGACUCUAAAUGAUUAUCCCUUGUCCUAUAAUGAUAAUUGUAAUUCUUCUCCCUCUGAACAAAAUGAUCAGGACCAAAUAGCUGAUGAUGUUGUCCUUGUUAAUGCACCUACUACUGAUAACACAUCAUGUCAACCUGUUCCUUCCACCUUAAUUCAACAUACUUCAUAUGUAGACACACUCUCUCUUCCCCUUAGAAAAUCACAAAGAGUACACAAGAUCCCUACCUAUUUGUUUGAUUAUGUGCACACAAUUCCCUCUCCAGCUACAUCAUCUACACCAUCAUCUUCAUCCCUCAGUGCCCUGUUUUUCCUUAGGAACCAUGUCCCACAUGUUGCUCUAGCUCCUGACAGUCAGUCUUUUGUGAUGAAUGUUUCUCAUGAUUGUGAACCUAACUCAUUUGAGGAAGCAUCCAUGGAUCCUGCUUGGCAAAAAGCUAUGACACAAGAAUUUACUGCCUUACAUGACAACAACACUUGGACUCUCACAACUCUACCAAUUGGUAAGAAGUCAAGCACAAGGCUGAUAGGAGCAUAG